AUGGCAUCGGAAAAGACAACAACACUGAAAGAAUUUAAAGAUAAUCUUCUGGAAUCUUAUCGAAAAGAAUUUCCUAAUGAUGAACCAACGAUAUGUGCAUUUGCACCUGGACGAGUUAAUUUAAUUGGUGAACAUGUUGAUUAUAAUGAUGGUUUCGUUUUUCCUAUGGCUAUACCACUUGGUACAAUGAUUAUUGGAAAAGCAUUAGAUAAUUCAACAAAUAAUAAUAAAUGUUAUAUUCAAACAUUAUCGAAUGAUGUAGAUGAGCCAAAAUCAAUUGAAGUUGAUUUAACAAAAGAAAUUUCACGAUUUGAAUCACCUAAAUGGGCUAAUUAUGUUGUUGGUGUACUUGCUCUUUUCUUAGAACGUACUAAACCAGAAAAAAGACAAUCAUUUAGAAUAAUUAUUGCAACAUCUGUACCCAUCGGUGGUGGUCUUAGUUCAUCAGCAUCAGUUGAAGUAGCUAUGUGCACAUUCCUGGAAUUACUUUAUCAAUAUUCUUCAUUUAAUUUUCAACCAUUAUCAAAAGUCAAUAAAGCAUUAUUAUGUUGUAAAGCAGAACAAACAUAUGCACAAGUACCAUGUGGAAUUAUGGAUCAAUAUACAGCAUGCAUAGCAGAAGCUGAUCAUGCUUUAUUAAUUGAUUGUCGAAAUAAUACAUCACAAUCAAUUCCUAUGAAAAAUAAAGAUGUAUGUGUUUUAGUUGUCAAUUCAAAUGUAAAACAUGAAUUAGUUGCUGGUACAUAUGCUCAACGUGUUCAACAUUGUCAAGAAGCAGCUAAUAUUUUAGGUCAUAAGAAACUACGUGAAGUAUCAUCAAUUGAAGAACUUGAAAAAGCUCGUGAUAAGAUGUCAUCUGUAAUUUAUAAACGUGCACGUCAUGCUAUAACUGAAAUAAAACGUACAGAAGCUGGUGCAAAAGCUUUAAUUAAUAAUGAUUAUAAUGAAUUUGGUCGACUUAUGUAUGAUAGUCAUGAAUCACUUCGUGAUGAUUUUGAAGUAUCAUGUGAAGAAUUAGAUCAACUUGUUGAAUUAGCACGUUCUGUUGAUGGUGUAUAUGGUUCACGAAUGACUGGUGGUGGAUUUGGUGGUUGUACGGUAACAUUAGUAAAAAAAUCAUCAGUUGAAAAAUGUAUUGAUACAAUUAAAAAAGGUUACAAGGGCACAGCAAGUUUUUAUGAAUUUGAACCAAGUAAUGGAACUUGUUCAGUGAAUUUAAAAAAAGAUUGA